CGCAGCUUCAAAACCGAUCUAGGCUCAGAGAAAGAAGGAAGGAGAUGGCCGACUAGUGGAAGGAAAUACCAUAUUUCUGCUUCUUUGUCGGCAAGAUUAGUUUUAUUCAAGGUUAAUUUUCACAGUCUGAAACCGGAGGGGGACGUUAAAAACAUUUAACCCCUCUUCCACGAUGGCAGAACAAAACAGCAACGUCAGAUAUCAGGAGCUGGUGAAUGAGGAGGAGCCCGCCCAGCCCUCCCAGGAGAGCUCUGGACAGGACGCACCACCUCCCUACAGCAGCGUUGCUGCAGCCGAUGCAGCUUUCUAUGAAUACAAGGAAGAUGGAGGGAGAUUUCCCAACCCUCCGUCGUACAACGUUGCCACCACUUUACCCUCCUACGACGAGGCCGAGCGAAGCAAAGCCGAGGCCGCCGUGCCCCUGGUCACCGGAAGGGUCUCGGUACGUCUCCUCCUCUCUCUGCCGUGUCGGGAGGCAGCAGAAGUAAGCAGGGAGUCACUGGAACUGCAUGUCCCGCUGUCGUUGCAGGAAGACGACUUUGUGGCCAGAGAUGACUUCGAAGACGCCGACCAGCUGCGGAUAGGAAACGACGGCAUCUUCAUGCUCACUUUCUUCAUGGCAUUCCUCUUCAACUGGAUCGGCUUCUUUCUGUCGUUCUGUUUGACCACGUCGGCGGCCGGUCGAUACGGAGCCAUUUCCGGCUUCGGCCUGUCCCUCAUCAAAUGGGUUCUCAUCGUCAGGUUUUCCACUUAUUUCCCCGGAUACUUUGACGGACAGUACUGGUUGUGGUGGGUGUUCCUGGCUCUGGGGUUCAUGCUGUUCAUCAGAGGCUUCGUUAACUACUCCAGAGUGCGCAAACUGGUUGAUCCCGCUUACGCCAACCUGCCCAGAACAAGAGUGCUUUUCAUCUAUUAGAGCCUCUUCCUCUCUUCACGUCGAGCAGAUGGAAGGCGGCGAGAGGAGACGAAGCAAAACGACGCUCGAGAGUCGCACGAAGAGAGACUUGACCGGAAAUCAGCCAGACGAGUUCUAGACGAAGACGACCUCAAGAUGGUAACAUAUUCAGGAAAUAUAUAAAACAUGUGUUUUUCUUU